GAUGCUUGAAGUGCUAAGGAUAGAAAAUUGCCCCAAGCUUGCAAGUAUUCUAGUGAUCCCCAUUGUCAGGGAUAUGAGUAUAGUUGGAGUUCACGGUACAACAGUCAAUUUCAUUUUUAUGUGCAUCCGUUUGGGCUCUUGGCCAUUUCUCGUAGCUUUAACUAUGGAGUCUAAGGAAGACAUGGCCAUGUUGCUUCUAGACGCCCAGCAAAUCCAAAGUGAAAGACCUCUUGAAAAACUAGAGUAUUUGGCUCUGCGAGGUCCUAGCAGCUUGGACACAAGGUCUGGAUUGUCUAGAUCACGCCUUAUGCCUUGGAAAUGCUUUCGGUUUGUGGAAACGUUGAUGAUUCGCGGGUGCAACAAUCUUGUUCGUUGGCCAUCAGACGAGCUCGGGUGCUUUGAUCGCCUCUGCGUUUUGCGUAUUGAAGAUUGUGACAUCCAGGAGGGGGACAUUUCAUCGUCUGAGGGGACACUUCCGCUGUCCCUGGAGGAAUUGGAUAUUUCGUUCUGCAAACAUCUGGUCAAGUUGCCUUGGAACCUUGGAAAUCUGGCCAACCGGAUAAGUCUCUAUGUGGGUUCGUGUAGUGCCCUGAAAGCGCUGCCUGAUGGGAUGUGUGGCCUCACUUCUCUUAGGGAAUUGAUGAUAUGAUUUGCGAUUGUCCAGCUAGCAGUAGCACAAUCGAUCAGCGCAGGUGCGGACAGUCGACGAGCGAUCGUGCAGUGGCUAUACUAGUCGAUUCCCAAGUGACGAACUAGCCAAGGAGGCAAUCGUCGAUCCGCCCCCAUCUUGCCUUUGUGCGUGGCCGCGACCCAGCCAACCGCCAUACUCCUCGACAGGGCGUAGAGGGGGAAGAGGAAGGUUGGCGCUCCGCGUGCCGUGGCCUUAGGCAAUCACCGUCCUCGACCCCAGGGCGCACUCCGGGGCGGUGCUUCGACGGCGUGGGCGGGCAUGCAGGAGAGGGAGCGAGAUUUACUUGCAUUGAUGGAGUCGAGAGGAAGGAGCAGAGAAUGCGCGCCAUGGGACAGCGGAGGCCCGAUGGAGCAGCCAGCAGCAGGGACGGUGGGUUCGAAGCACGAUGGAAUUAGCACCACAUGUAAGUUUGGAGUAGUUAUUAUACACGGCUUAGCUUAAUGGAUAUUCCUGGAAAGUACUCCCGCCGUUCCGAUUUACUCAUCGUGAUUUUAGUUCAAAUUUGAACUAAAACCACGACGAGUAAAUUGGAACGCCGGGAGUAGUAGCUCCUGCCGUUUUCGACCACGUACCCAGCUUCCCUGCGAAUAUCAAUGUAUUUGCAUGUUAUAACCCCAUAUAGUCACAAGCAUCUUGCAAACAUUUUGUAACUUUUCAGUUCUUUGUUUCCCUUUUUUUUUGCCACAGCGGGCUUGGUUGAGCCUUCCCCUUUUUUUU